AUGGUAGUGCGUUUGGUGCUAAUUCAGAGCAUUUUCUUUUUGUCUUCAUUUAAUUCAUUUGCACAACCUGCAUCAACGCUAUUUACUAAAGAUGGAUGCCAAGAGUUCUGCGGGAGUGUUCGCAUUCCUUACCCUUUUGGAAUUGGAGCUGAUUAUUGCUAUCUUGACCCUUGGUUUGAAAUUGUUUGUGAAACGGAAUCUUUCGGCAGCACUACUACUCACAAGCCUUUGUUGAAGAGCAUCAAAGGCCGCCUGGAGGUGCUAGGUAUUUCCUCACGAGCUAGUACCCUUACCGUUAACUAUAACGUAUCUGCGAGUUGUAGUACUAAUGGUCCAACGGCCAAGAACAAUAUGGAGUUUGAAAAAAGUCCUUUCGCCUUCUCGGAGAACAACAACAUCUUCAUUGCCAUGGGUUGCAACAACUCUGCCUCGAUGUGGUCGCUGGAUGAACGCAUUAGUUUUGGUGGGUGCAAGUCGCCAUGUGAAAAAGCUGAGUUCAUCAAUGGAAGUCGCGGUUGUGAUGGCAGAUCUAACUGCUGCCAAACUGAAAUCCCUUACGAUCUCAACUCUUUCAUUACAACUAUUGAGCCCAAAAAUAAUUCCAGUAUUAAUGGAUCGUCAUCAGAAUGCAACUAUGCGUUCUUGGUUGAAAAAAAUUGGUUCGAGAAAAAUUUCACAAUUCUAUACCCAAAAUUAUCUGUUCCAGUGGUAUUGAAAUGGGGGAUUGAUCGCAAUAAAUUCCCUUCAAAACUUUUCCAUGGUCGCAAGCAGUACCGCUGUGAUCUCCACUAUCCUACUAUGUUGGGUAAUCACAACUUCACUAUCUCCACCUAUACAUGUGCUUGUGCUCCAGGCUACAACGGAAAUCCCUAUCUUCCUCAACUUCAUGGAUGUCAAGAUAUUGACGAAUGUGAAAAUCCAGAGCUCAAUCGUUGUACUGAUUCUCGAUGUAAAAAUACUGAUGGGGGUUACCAUUGUACAGACACUAUAAAUUCGAUAAUUAUAGGUAUUAGCACAAGCCUUGGAGCAUUAUUUCUGAUUUGUGGUGGAUGGUGGUCAUACAAGGUGAUCAAGAAAAGGAAGAGGAUGAAACAAAGGGAGAAGCUCUUCCAACGAAAUGGUGGAUUAUUAUUACAACAACAAUUAUCCAUGACGGAAGCCAAUGUUGAAAACACUAAAUUGUUUAAUCAAAAAGAAUUGGAGAUGGCCACUAACUAUUUUCAUGUAAAUAGAAUACUUGGACAAGGAGGUCAAGGCACUGUUUACAAAGGCAUGUUGGCAGAUGGAAGAAUCGUUGCAAUAAAAAAAUCCAAAGUGAUGGAUGAAGGAAAACUCAAAGAGUUCAUUAAUGAAGUUGUCAUCCUUUCAGGAAUUAAUCAUAGGAAUGUGGUUAAGCUACUUGGAUGUUGUUUGGAAACAGAAGUUCCACUGCUGGUUUAUGAAUAUGUUCCUAAUGGGACUCUUUUCCAAUACCUCAGUGACCAAAAUGAGGAGUUUCCACUAACAUGGGAUAUGCGUUUGCGAAUUGCUACAGAAGUUGCAGGAGCUCUCUUUUACUUACAUUCAGUUGCUUCGUCACCCAUUUAUCAUCGGGACAUCAAGUCUUUAAAUAUACUCUUAGAUGGUAAGCACAUAGCGAAAGUAGCAGACUUUGGGAUUUCAAGAUCUAUUGCUAUUGAUCAAACCCAUUUGAGCACAUUAGUGCAUGGAACUUUUGGAUACAUAGAUCCCGAAUAUUUUCGAUCAGGCCAAUUUACAGAAAAGAGUGAUGUUUAUAGUUUUGGUGUUGUUCUUGCGGAGCUCUUAACUGGAGAAAAAGCGGUCUCUUCAACAAGGUCUCCAGCUACCAAAAGUUUAGCCUCAUAUAUCAUUAGUUCAAUGGAAGAGAAUAUUCUGUUUGAUAUUCUUGAUAAUCAAGUUUUGAAAGAAGCUAAAAAGCCGGAGAUUGUAUUGGUUGCAGACCUUGUAAAAAGAUGCGUGUAUUGGAACGGAAGGAAUCGGCCUACAAUGAAAGAGGUCACAAUGGAGUUAGAGGCAAUUCAAAUGUCCCGAAAUGCUUCCAAUCUGGAGCAAGAUUAUAACGAAGAGAUUGAAUUUGUCAGAAGUGAAGUUUACAUUCAAUCAUGUGAUACUUCUAAAUCAAAAAUGACUUGUACGGAUAGUACUGGGGUAACCUCAUUUAUGGAUUCCCACCCAUUUUUAUCGUCCUAG